AAGGAAGAUGGCGGAGGCUUCACCACAACCGGGACGGUUCUUCUGCCACUGCUGCUCCGCCGAGAUCGCCCCUCGACUACCUGACUAUAUCUGCCCACGGUGCGAAUCUGGGUUUAUUGAAGAACUUCCUGAAGAGCCAAGGAACGCCGACAAUGAAACCACCUCCUCUACGUCCACCAGUGAGCAGGGCAGGCAUCCCUUUGAGAACGUGGAUCAGCACUUAUUCACCUUGACACAGGGCUAUGGCCAGUUUGCCUUCGGGAUCUUUGACGACAGCUUCGAGUUCCCCUUCGGGUCCAACGUGCAGGCCGAGGACAACAGGGACUCGGAGAACCGGCGGGAGAGGGAGCACCAAUCCCGGCACCGCUACGGCGCCCGGCAGCCCCGCGCCCGCCUGGCCACGCGCCGAGCCGCCGGCAGGCACGAGGGGGUCCCCACGCUGGAGGGAAUUAUUCAGCAGCUGGUCAAUGGAAUUAUUGCACCUACCACAAUACCAAACCUAGGACUAGGACCCUGGGGAGUGUUGCAUUCGAACCCGAUGGACUAUGCCUGGGGUGCCAAUGGCUUGGAUGCAAUAAUCACACAGUUACUAAAUCAGUUUGAAAACACUGGACCGCCGCCAGCAGACAAAGAGAAGAUCCAGGCCCUCCCCACAGUACAGAUCACACAGGAACACGUAGACUCUGGGUUGGAGUGUCCUGUGUGUAAAGAAGACUACACGGUCGGUGAGAACGUCCGGCAGUUACCUUGCAAUCACCUCUUCCACAACAGCUGCAUCGUCCCCUGGCUGGAGCAGCAUGACACGUGUCCCGUGUGCAGGAAAAGCCUCAGUGGACAGAACACUGCCACGAACCCCCCGGGACUGACGGGGAUGAACUUCUCAUCCUCCUCCUCCUCCUCUUCCUCCAGCUCACCCAGUAAUGAAAACUCAUCGAACAACUCAUGAAUCUUACUCAACCUCCCCUCCCCU